AGCAGUCGGAGUUGGCCGGUGCUGCGGCAGCCGGCGAGGAGCGAUGGCCGGGCAGAUGGCGGUUCUGGGCUCGGCAAUUCUGGCUCUUCUGCUAGCUGGCUAUCUAGCUCAACAGUAUUUACCAAUGCCCACACCAAAAGUAAUUGGGAUUGAUCUUGGCACAACUUACUGCUCUGUAGGUGUCUUUCUUCCUGGAACAGGGCAGGUGAAGGUUAUUGCAGAUGAAAACGGGCACAACAGCAUUCCAAGUAUAGUGUCUUUCACGGACAGAGAUGUAUACGUUGGAUAUGAUGGCCUAGAACUUGCUGAUGCAAAUCCUCAGAAUACUAUAUAUGAUGCAAAAAGAUUCAUUGGGAAAAUCUUCACUUCAGAAGAACUGAAGAGUGAAAGUAGCAGGUAUCCAUUUAAGAUUUUCAACAACGAUGGAUCAGCUGAAUUUUCUGUGACAACUAAUGAAACCUUUCGUGUCACUCCGGAGCAUAUCGGCUCUCAGCUGCUACUGAAAUUGAAGAGAAUGGCAGAAGAUCAUCUUGGUGUGCCCAUUUCAAAGGCAGUCAUCUCUGUGCCAGCAGAGUUUGAUGAAAGGCAACGGAAUGCCACUGUUAAGGCUGCUAACCUUGCAGGGCUAGAAAUCUUGCGAGUAAUCAAUGAACCCACAGCUGCGGCUAUGGCUUAUGGACUCCACAAAGCUGAUGUGUUUAAUGUCCUGGUGGUAGAUUUGGGUGGCGGAACUUUGGAUGUGUCUCUGCUGAACAAGCAGGGAGGGAUGUUCCUCACACGAGCCAUGGCAGGUAACAACAAACUUGGAGGACAAGAUUUUAAUCAGAGGUUGAUGCAGCAUUUAUACGAUCAACUCAAUCAAGUAUAUGGUUCUCUGCCAUCAAGAAAAGAAGAAAUACAUCGCCUCAGACAGGCUGUGGAAGCAGUUAAGCUAAAUUUGACUAUUCAUGAGGCAUCUACAUUAAGGGUGUCAUUGACUGUGCCAGAAAGGAAGCUUACAAAAGAACUGCCUGAAAGUGAUGUAAAGCCAAAUACUGUUCCUAACAGCAAGCCUUCGCAGAAAACGAAAGACUUGCAAAAUCUUGGAGAUGCUUCAGAUGGAGAAAACAACUUUGUCAAAGUUGUGUUUGAAAGAGAAAUUUCUAGGAAACUAUUUGAGAUGUUGAACGAGGACCUUUUUAAGAAAAUUCUUGUUCCCAUUGAACAGGUGUUGAAGGAAGGCCACCUACACGAAGAGGAAGUGGAUGAAAUUGUGUUAGUUGGGGGCUCCACCCGGAUUCCUAAAAUACGUGAAGUUAUUCGGGAUUUCUUUGGAAAGGAACCCAACACCUCCGUAGACCCUGAUCUAGCAGUUGUAAUGGGUGUAGCUAUCCAAGCAGGAAUUGUUGGUGGAUCCUGGCCUCUCCAAGUAAGCGCAAUAGAAAUUCCCAAUAAGCAUUUACGAAAGACUAAUUUUAAUUAAAGAUAAACUCUUUCCCAUUGCAUCCCAUUUCUCCGAAAGCAUACUCGGAUGGUGCAUACUUAUCUGACUGUCAGUGGAGCCUAACCUUAGCCAUAUAAUAUUCUUUUAUUUUUAUUUUUUUUUUGUAAUCUGUUUGAGCUAAAUGUUAUCUUAAAGGUACAAGUGAUUUUUAAAGCUCUGAAGUCUUUGAAGUCAUAUUUGCCUCUAGAUUGGAUACAGAGUGAAAAUCCUAAAGAUGACACACUCACACUCUUUUGCUAAAUUUUAUUAGCAAAUCUGGAAGAGGUGUUUGUUUAAAAAUUAAAGAGAGUGUGACCAAAGUUUAGAAAUAA